CGCAAUCCCGUUCGGGCAUUAGGAACCCGGGCUCGGGCUGAAGAAUGGAAGAGCGACACAUUCCGCAACGCCGUCGUGCCAGCGACAUGGUUGGUGAGCGCAGAGCCGACGAGAAGGCCGCCAAGUUUCGGGCUAACUGGACUGGAUUGGACUGGCUCUCUCGGACUGGACUGGCUCGGGGUUGGCGCGGUACCAUGUUGACUGUGCAGUGCAUGCUCAUGUAGAGAACCGUCGAUAUCGAUAGAAUUACGAUAGAGAUAUCGCGGCAUCAGCAGUAGCUCUCUCUCUGUUCCUCCCUCGAGGCCUCCAUCGCUGCGCCAUGUCCAGCUGCAGCUGCAGGUCGCGCGAGGCGCAGCUCGACGGCCCCGAGCUGCAACGCUGCUGCUAGCAUUGCCGUCCCGUCCAAUGUUCCACCUGCCACAGUUGGUAGACGCUCAUGACAUCACAGGCAGACGUCGUCGGCAGCCGGCGGGUUGGUUGUUGGUGUGUCUUAUGAUCAAAAUUAUCGAACUGAAGAGGUGGCGAAUCGCACGAAUUAUUUGUGCUUUACUGACGAGCCCUGUAGAAGUCGCCACUCCUCUUCUCGUCGUCCCUCUCAGUAGGUAGAAUUAGCACGAGUUUAAAGAUAAUCAAUGUCAUAGCUCGCGUUGAAGUGGAGGGAUCGAUAUGGACCGAAGAAGCACGUUGUCAGUAAGCUCGAGGAACUGUAGGUCCUCAUUGCCGCAGCAGCUAGAGUGUGGGCAGGGCUGCAAUGCUUGUCCAUCAAGAUCGUGAGUGCCACAGAAACCGCGGGGAAGCUACGAAUUUGGGACUACUACAAUUGUGAGGCUGCCGUCUAUGUGUGUGCCAGUCUCACCGGGAUAGACGAACAGGAGCAAUUUUGAGAACAUGGACGCAUUCGAGGUGUGACGCAUUCAGACUGUGCAGUGAAAUAGGCCCGUCUCUGGAGAGUCUGUCGGUGUACUGUCGCAGGUGGAUUAGAAACUUUGCGCGGGAAAGGAAUCGAGGGACGCAGCUGCGGACCCAUCCGGAUAACCCACAGAGGUGCCGAUGUGUGAACUGAAAUGAUACUUAUCCAGGGGCACAGCACAUUCCAUUCUCCCGGGUAGCUCAUCUACAUCAUCUCUGUGUCGGUGCACUAAUUUCGACCGACGGUACCGUCCGUUUUCCUGGCGAGGCGGUUUGCAGUGUAGUUUACUUCGACUUCAUUAUGGUAGAAUUAUCAAUCAACAUGAGUUCUAGCUUGAGCCUCGAGAGUGUGUGCUCCGCCAGGUGUUUUUCACCUUCCUCAUCGGCCAUAGGAGCAGUCCCCGGGGUUCGUAGGAAAUUAUGUGUAUCCGUGAGAGAGAAGCCGGAACAACCUGUGGGCGCAGUUUUCGUGGGGUGCUCAACGAAGCAUCGAAAGUCGAGAAAUCACGAAAUGUGGAGUAGCAGCAGGGAUUGCAUCACUUCGGCUCAUUCUGCAGGUUUGGAUUUCGCGUCUUCGAAGGAAGGCAAUGCUUGCGCCACGACGUCGUCGAAGUCGGGUGCACGAUUUUUGCACGAUGAGGGAAUGGGAACCAUAGAUCGGGCAGAAGCGGUUCGAGCGCAAUUGUUUCCUAGAUUGAACAAGUUGUCCCCCGUCAAAAGCCUGCGGCGGAGAUGCGUUUCUCCAUCCACACGGGUUGUCACCAGCGUCCUCGUCCCACCUCGUGAACAAUAUGCCGACGAGACGGAUUAUAUGAAAGCUGGGGGAGAAUUUAUCGAUCUCGUGCAGCUACAAGCCAGAAAACCUCUCCAGCAAACGAAAAUUGGAGAAAAGUUGGAGCCACUCUCGGAUAAGCUUUUGGAUCUUGUAGUCAUCGGAUGUGGACCUGCCGGUCUGUCGCUAGCAGCUGAGGCUGCGAAGCAGGGUUUGGAGGUUGGCCUCAUCGGCCCCGACUUACCUUUCACCAACAAUUACGGCGUGUGGGAAGACGAAUUUGCAGCGUUAGGACUGGAGAAUUGUAUCGAGCAGAUUUGGAGAGACUCUGCGAUGUAUUUCGAAAGUGAUACCCCACUGCUGAUAGGACGUGCCUACGGCCGAGUGGAUCGUCAUCUGCUCCACGAAGAGCUGUUGAAAAGAUGCGCUGAUGGAGGUGUACAGUACCUCGACACUGAAGUCGAGAGGAUCUCCGACGCAGACGACACUGGGAGCACAGUUAUGUGCGCCAACGGAGCUGUGAUCAGAUGCAGACUGGUCACAGUUGCCUCCGGAGCAGCCGCGGGUCGUUUUUUGGAGUAUGAGCCAGGUGGUCCUGGAACUACGGUUCAGACCGCUUAUGGGAUGGAGGUUGAGUGCGAGAACUUCAAUUACGAUCCUGAAAUUAUGCUCUUCAUGGAUUAUCGGGACUAUCAAGCAUGGGGAACCGAACCAUGUCCGGAUGCCGAUGAGUUCAAACAAGUGCCUUCAUUUCUCUACGCAAUGCCAGUUUCGAAAACUAGAGUUUUCUUUGAGGAGACUUGCCUGGCAGCAAGGCCGACUAUGUCCUUCAACCUUUUAAAGGAGAGACUGCUCAUGCGAUUAAACUCCAUGGGCAUUAAGGUGGUGCACAUGUACGAGGAGGAAUGGUCCUAUAUUCCUGUCGGGGCAACGCUCCCUGAUACGACGCAGCAACAUUUGGGCUUCGGGGCAGCCGCGAGCAUGGUUCAUCCUGCCACCGGAUAUUCUGUGGUUCGAUCCCUGUCGGAGGCUCCUCAUUACGCUGCAGCCAUUGCCUCCUCACUGCGGUCUGGAGGAAAGAGUGUGGAUGUAAAUUCGAUGGUAAUUCAAAGUUGGAAGCAUCCCAGAGCUGCAGCUUUAGAAGCUUGGAAUGCACUAUGGCCGAGCGAGAGGAAGCGUCAACGAGCAUUUUUCUUGUUCGGGCUUGAGCUGAUUUUGCAACUCGAUCUCGUGGGCAUACGAGAAUUCUUCGCCACCUUCUUCGAACUACCUGAAUGGCUGUGGAAAGGGUUUCUCGCAGCGAAAUUGUCGUCCCUGGACCUGAUUAUGUUCGCACUGAUUACGUUUGUAGUAGCCCCCAACUCUCUCCGCUACCGACUGGUAAGGCACCUGAUGACGGAUCCCAGCGGAUCGUACUUGAUUCGCACGUACUUGGGAUUGAAAGGCACUGCGGAGCUGCCGGCUGCGAAGGAGAUGAGAUGAGACGACUUGGAGGAUCUGGUCGUUGCGUCACCGAUUUUCAUAGCCUCUCAAGGUUAGAGGGUUUGUACAAGCGGAAUGAAUACCCCUCGACAAAUGUACCAUGAUUACGAAGUUUAGCGACACCCACACUAUUUCCGGCAGGCGGAAUGAUUCUCAGCUUGGUUUACAGCUUUCUGUCAAAAAGUAGGCCGGAGUUCAGAUCAGCGAGGAUUUAAUCGCGAGGUUCAUUCCGAUGUCUUGUACUGUCGGGAUUUGGAGAUUCUCUGACUAGCAGAGGAAUUUCCAUUGUGGUGACUUUUACCCUUUUCUUCUUUUCUGUAAAUGACGAAAUUCCAUGACUUCAGAUCAUACCUGAAACUCAGAGCUCAUCGUAGACAUCAGACUUCUCUAUGUCUCUGAUCGGUUGCCGAUCUCGUCUCUGCGUCAGUACUGCGUCCGAGGUCGUCGGUCGUUUGAAUGCCUGGUCAUGAGACUGGACGUGCUUCGCCCGGACCGAAACAAAUCCUUCUCAUGCCGCAUUCUUCGAAGGAAAUGACCUCACUCAGCCUGGUUCGGUAGGUGCAGAUGGUAAAGGUGCACGAGAAUGCUCGUAGAGUUGGUAUCGUUACUGUCAAUCUUCCCACCUCCAUCUGGAGGUGGACAAUCUUGUACCCUGGUGCUGCUGCUGGGACUUUCUGUCAGUUGUAAAAUUACUUGCUAGUAGCCCGCAUCCGAGUAACGGCGCAAAUUUCUC